UUGAUGCUGUAAGUUUGAUGCUGGUUGCGGCGGAGAGCAACAGUACCCUGGCAUAUUUUGUUACCCAACGAUUGUUAUCAGUGAGAAGUCUUGUUGAUCAGUCAGUCUUGAUCUUGCAUUAAAGUUUCACUCUCCUAUUCCACGGACAGUAAACAUCGCGAUGAUGGAAAAACGGUUCGGCAUCCACGCUUCAAAAACAUCUUUUCUUUGCCUGCUCUGCAUUGUCUCCAUCAUCUUUUGGAUGAUUUUGAAGACAGCUAGGAACGAUACGGAGUUGGUUACAACCACGCUCUCGGCUGAAGUUCUGCGCUCCCUCAACUGCCCUGAGCCCCAGGCUGGUGAUCAGGUCUCCUUCGCCAUAGCAGACGUGAUGAGUGGUAGAGCCAUACUCAAACAACACGAACCUAAGCUCAUUGAGAUAAUACGCACCAAAUACUUGAAACCACCUUCGCUCAAGCCUUACCAGCUCUUAACGGGAAAGGACAACCCCUCCCAAGUGGGGCAACCUACAGAAAUCUUGAAGAUCCUGGGGCGAAUUAGGGACGGUUUCUUCAUCGAAAGUGGGGCUUUUGACGGCGAGGUUUACUCUAAUUCGCUCGUCCUCGAGAAGACCCUGGGCUGGCGAGGCCUAUUGGUGGAAGGCGACCCCAAGAACUACGAUUUGCUUCUGCAGAAAAACAGGAAGGCCUGGUCUGUAGGUGCCUGUCUCAGCACCAAGCCAUAUCCUCAUUCCGUGAUGUUUAAACAAAGUGGCACCGUGGGUCAGAUAAAAGGCGAUGUGGACGAUUCUGCCGCAAACAAGGAUGGUGUCGUCGAAGUUCAGUGCCUGCCGAUCUACUCCAUCCUGUUGGCCCUCAACGUAACCACAGUGCACUACUUCAGCUUGGACGUCGAGGGUGUAGAGCUGGAGGUCCUUAAGACCAUUCCAUGGGAUAAAGUGGAUAUACAGACACUCUCCGUGGAGAAUUUACAUGGCGCUUGGUCCAAAGCUGAUCUCAAAAGCUUCAUGGAACAACAAGGUUAUUGGACGUACAACGAUGUCGCCAAGUUCACAGCUGCAGCUUACGAUUUCAUAUUCGUGAAGGACACCUUCAAAACAAAAGAAGAUUAUCUUUCUCAGAUUGCAUAAUCAAAGCAUUCCUAAGGCUGCUCACGUGCCUGGUUCCUAAUGAUGGGGCACGACGGUGAUUGAUAGGUUCAGCUUGAAAAUUCGUCUUGUCAGCAGUUCCUGCUUUAACCUAACAGGAGUGACCGAGUGAGGUGAAAACAAGGAAUCAUGAGUUUAGGAACUAUUUUUAAAUAAAAAUAUUUUACUGCUUUGCUUGCGCUGAUUACAUGGUGCUAUUAAUUGCUUGUGCAAUACUUUUGUUCUUUUGUGUGUUUAAAUAUAAACGGGUGUUUAUAAUUCUCCAGUGUUAUAAUUUGGGUGUUUAAAUAGAGGACACUUAUAUGAAUCUAUUUUUGGUGCGUCAUACGAAAUAAGUGGGAAUAUCUUGUCAACUGAUCUAUAUGUUAUUGAAUAUGUCUUGUUUGAACGCCAGUCAAAACAGAACCGAAAUGAAAAAUUUCCGUAAAUUAUAUAAAUUAUCACCUUGUUAAUGCAGAAGUGGACCUGUAUUUGGAAAUUGGCUUGAUCAAUCCCAUACGUCAAACAGGAUGCAGUGUUAAAAAAGAAUUGAAAUCUCCUAUUCAAAAAGAAUAAAUGAAAUAUAUUUAUGAGCAGAAAAGAUGCUGUGUAAAUUCACCAUAUCUUCACCAAAAAUGCUGUGGAAAUGAACUCCAUCUUCAGCUCAAAACACUCAGAUUGUGGCUGGUGCUAUUAUUGUGGCUGGUCUUAAAUCUAUAAAUCUAUAUAUCGAUGAGUUUUAAGGCAAAAAAAGAAGUAAAAUUAUGUUGUAAUUUUGAGAAUUACGUUUUUGUAUGUAUAAAAAUAUCGGGUUUUAUUAAUUGAUGUAUAAAAAACUGGUACCGGAAGUAUAACAAAAAUGUUGAAUUAUGUCACACGAACUAGAAAUUAGGAAUGAAAUCCGCUCUCCUUUUUCCAACUGUACAGAACUUUCACGCGACCUCCUUUUUCAGUGGAAGGAAUGAUUAAAUUUCACCUAAUUAAUAAUAUACGGAUAACAUUUAAGAGAUACUGAAUUUAUUAAAUCGAAAUAGUGUUAGGUGAACAAAAUAAAACUUGAAAAAGUGAAUUGGCCCGAGCUACUGCCCGGUGGGAGUCCUCUGAAUCGGAGGAAGAGCUUAACCUGGCCCGCGCUAGCACAGCGAACCUCACGCGUUAAGUUCCGUGCGGUCUUUCCUGUUAAAUAAAUACCAACUGAUUUGAAUGAAUUACAUCCAAUUUAUCUAAUAGAAAAUUAGAAGAAACUGAAUAUUAGGGUCCAGAAUAUCGUCAAACGCUUUAAUUUAAGGACUUGGCAGCUGUGCUAUCAAGUGCCGACACUUUAUUCUAUUCAAUUCCAUUCCGAUCUUAAAAUUGCAUAGUCAUCAUAAAAUUAGAGACUUAAUAAAUUGGUUAACUAAUUAAUAUAUAUUAAA